AUGCCAGCAUGCCUUCUCCGCGUCUUCCGUGCUACCCGUAACCGCCCCAUCAACGUUUGUGCUGGGCCGUUGCGGAGGCCGUUUAGCUCUCAGAGCCAUGAGAGGGUUAGUGUCAGAACAGGCUCAGCGGGCCAUGUCAAAAUAGACCUCAUCAAUGUUGCUGAGCAUCAUCCACAAUCUCCCCUCUUCAUUCAUCUCCCCCCAUUUCCCACCAACAAUGGACAAUAUACUUCAUUGCCUAGUUUCCUCCAGGGGAAACCUGUUGCUAGCAUCAACUACCGUUGGAACUCGUUUGAUCCUGGAUUGACGCAGAUGCCUUCUACAGAGGGUCUCUGGCCCACGCCAGUUCACGACACUGCGUUUGCCUACUCCUGGCUCAUCGAGAACCUCGCACCCGAAGGCAUUCAGCGGCGCGAUAUUUACGUCUACGGAUCUCACCUGGGCGCGAGCCUGGCUACCUCGCUCGCCCUAACGGAGUCGCAGCCGCACAAGCCUUUCGGGGUUCGAGGCGUUGUGUCGUACAACGGCAUCUACAACUGGACCAUGUUCCUCCCAGAUCACCCGGUGAACCGAACCACUUGGAAAUCCAAGGGCACGGGGUUCAUCUACAAGCCGCAGGGGAGCGCAUACAUGCACUACCUCCAGGAGCAUCUGCCCGUCUUCUUCCAGUCAACCAACGACCUGUUUGACCCUUUUGCCAGCCCGAGCCUGUUCUUCCACAACCCGGGCUUGAACAUCCCCUCGUCCUACAACAUGUCGGAAGACGACGCUGCGUGGAUCGAGGCCCUGACAAACCCAGACGCCGCGCCAGCUGUCACGGAAAAGGCACCGCGCAAGUCUCGGCUGGUGUUCCCACCCCGCAAGUCGACGCUCAAAAUCCCCGAGACCCUGCUGCUGUACGACUCCCCGCCUCUGCCGCAGCGCUCCAACAAGCCAGGGCGGCCCAAGGGGGCGAGGCCCUGGGGGAACUGCCUGGAGGUGCAGGCUCGGGAGCUGGCCGAGAUGAUGCACCGGAGCAUCGAGAGGGUCGAGCUCAAGGAAAGGGGUCUCUGGGAUGACGAGAUUCACAUGUGGGAGGAUGAAGGGGAGCGGCGAGUCAAGGUUGAGGAAGCUGGGGAGGAGAGGGGGACGUUGGAGAUGGAUGAGAAGGGGGAGGAGGUUGUGGAGGAGUGGUUGGCGGAGAGGAUACGGGCGUGA